CAUGGUUAGAUCAUUUACUCCAGGUGCCUUUUGUGUGGAGGACAGUUUUGGAAGAAGUGUUUAUCAAACUAUUCGGGAGGGAAAAGAACAUUCCUUUUUGCUUUUUUUUAAAGUGAUAUUUCAGACAGGUUAACUCUGUAAUUUCAUGGAUUCUAACAAGUCAGCGACUGCUCCAGGCUGGGACAAUGAGAAGUCCUCAAUGGUUCAGAACCCACCUCCACCUUACUAUGAUAACCCGGGAGUCGCUCCGCCGGGCCAGGCUUACCCCCCACAGGGUUAUGGAUGCCCCCCGCAGCAAGGCGCCGUGUACAACCAGCAGGUGUAUUCACCGGGCCAGCAGUACCCGGGGCAGCCGGCCCCCGUCGUCAUGCAGCCCACCGUGUACGUCACCCAAGGUCCUCUGACCAACCCCGUCAACGACUACAUGGGCUACUCCAUCUUCACCAUGCUCUGCUGCUGCCUGCCGCUCGGAAUCGCCGCCCUCAUCUACUCCAUCUCAGCCCGUGAAGCCAACCACACCGGUAACCGGAUGUCUGCAGAGAGGAACAGCAGGACCGCCAAGACGCUGAACCACGUGGCUCUGGGUCUCGGGCUCGGAUCCCUCGUCCUUUGCAUCAUUUACGCUGUGGUGGUUGUCGUCAUGGCUUCCUCACACUAGUGUCUCCAUUUCAUACCAUUACUACGCAUGCUUCUGUUAAAUAAUUAUGAAUUAUACUGGCCAGGUUGGAUGAGAAGCUGCCCUGUGGUUGCAUUAUUGAAUAAUUGUGUUAGAGAAUGUAAUCAGUGUGAUUUUGUUUUCCAUCGUUGUUUUGUAAUCAAAGUGAUUAAGGACCUGCUUCUCUUCUGACAGUUUUAUUUUUGUAUAAAAUGAAAUGGUUUUAUUAUUAUUGUUAUUAUUUCAGACCAAAUGGGGCAAUCUGCCUCUCACAAAAUCUGCAUGAAUUUCUAAAAAAAAAAGUGGAGCUGCUGUAGCGGACGCAGUUUCCUCCAUUGGCUCUGACUCGAUCUGAUCCCGCUCCGAAGUAAACCGAACCGUUCUGGCUAUUUGGCAAUGAUUUUAUUUUCCCUUUUUAUACUUUUUCCAAACCAUGCUUAAAAGGCUUUGUUUCUCAAUAAAGAACAUCUUUUUAAAUAAAGGCGCAACGUAAAUCA